AUGUCCGACUCUGAUCACGAGAUCGAGAUGGCUCUCGCCCCGCUGACCGACGAUGUCGCGUUCAUCCAGGGUCUCGUAGACCGUGGGGAUGUGGUUGGAUCCAUGCCGGCCGUGGACAUGACUGCUGCCGAGAAGCGGGCAGAGGUUGAGGCCAAGAUGGCCAGCGCGGCGAGCACCAACUCUGCCGGCCCAGCUACCCUCCCUCCCGACACCGCCACACUUGAGGACAAGGAAAAGGAGACUGAGGAAGACUACAACACGGAAUCUAGCUCCGAGUUUGAAUCCGACUCUGAGCCCAAACCAUCCGUCACUCGCUCCCAACUCGACGCGCUCGUUGCCUCGGAAUCUGACUCUGAAUCCGACUCGGAAUCCGAGUACGAGUACGACCUUAGUGGUAAACUCGGCGAGUUCGGGAUGGAACUUGACGACGAAGACGAGCCGUCGGCCAUUACUAGCACGCAUGAAGCUCCUCUUCCGCCGGUUCCUAUGCCGCCAAUCGAGAAGUUUGGGACCGAGGUCAAACUCGUCCUGGCCGGAGAGGUGGUUAGUUGGAUGAAGGAGGCCAAGGUCGAGACCUGGCGGGCAAGGGAGGAGGGGGAGGAGGCCAAGGGAGAAGGCGAGACGGAUAAAGAGAGAAUGGACGCCGGGACGGACGCGAUUGCCAAGACCGAGAACGAGGCCGAUCACGCGGCCUCGGAUGCAAUCGAAACGGACCAGUCCAAGCUCGCGACCAACGCCAAGCCCGACGCCCUAGACAAGACUGCCACCGACGCGAUGGAGACGGACAAGCCCACUCCAACCGCCGCCACACCAACCUUCCUCUCCUCGGGCACAGUAGUCAUCCGUGCAACCUACGCCGACGGCUGGCUCGAAUCCGGCUCUGUCCUCUCCACCUCGUCUGGCCAAGUCCUCGGCGCCAUCUCUGACACUUUUGGCCCCCUCACCUCGCCAUUCUACCUCCUCCGCCUUCCCCCGCCUCCAUUCCCCUACCCCUCUCUUACUCAAGGCGACAAAGUCUACGUCCCCGCCGACCCGCGAUACAGGACUUUUGUGGACAUGGCGGCGGUGCGUGAUCCCCGCUUCCGGAGCGACGCAUCAAACGUCUUUGACGAGGAGGUGGGCGACGACGAGGUCGAAUGGAGUGACGACGAGGCCGAGGCCGCAGCCAAGCGCAAGAAAAAGGGCAAGGGAAAGAAGGGAUAUAUGCCUUACGCGCCGGCUGGGUAUGACCCGGCACAGGCGAGUCUUGGUAUGCCCCAGAUGCCCCAGAUGCCCCAGAUGGGCCAGACGGGGUACGGCGACAUGGGCAUGGGCAUGGGUAUGGGUAUGGGUAUGGGUGGGGGCAUGCCGAUGGGAUACCCCCAGUUUGGCCAGUUCGCGCAGCAACAGCAACAGCAACAGCAACAGCAACAGCAACAGCAACAGCAACAGCAGCAGCAGGGCAACGCGCCAGCCAUCAACCCUCGUUUCGCGGCCAUGAUGGGCAUGGGCGGCUACUGGCCGCAUGGCGGGCAGGGUGGUUCGGAUGGGCAAGGCCACCAGGGCGGUCCCAACCAGCACAACCAGCAAUAG